GCCUUCUUAUCGUCACUCCCCCUCCUUCACUCUUUAUUCACGAUAACAAUACUUUCACACCUAGAAGCUGGAAUUCUUUCCACUUUGUUUCAAUUAAAGAAAUCAUUUAAUAACCUUCUUACUAUCCUCCCACGUUCCCUGAAUUUGAGCUACCCCGACGACUGGGCGACCCUAGUUCUUCUCGGGCUGCUACAGCCCUUCGGCUUUCGUUCAAGUCGAGCGAUGGCAGUAGCGAGGCUUCAGUAACGCCCAGCCCAGCCAGCCGAUCAAAGGAAAAAUAAAAAAAGGGAAUCCACAACAUAAACCUUAGGGAGUACCGAUCUGUUUACCCCGUGCCACCGUGCACUUCUUUUCACUUCUUGUGAAGAGAACGGAUUCCCUGUCGGUCGCGGCUUUGGGGAUCAUUCUUAACCCCGGUCUCCAUUUCCCCCAUUGAAUUUGGUCAGCUCAAGGCAUUGUACCCUGUUAUUUAAUACUUCCGGGGGAUUUUUGCUCUGCAACGAUGUCGAGUUGGUUAGGAAUGGAUUUAGGGAAGAGGGCAGAGGGUUCUGGUGGGGAGUAUUGGGUUGAUGACCCAAUAUAUGGCCUAAGUCGGUUAGCGAAUCGAAAAAUAGGCGAUCCUCAUGAUCUGUCAUUACUGACAGGGCAGCAAUUAUACAUCCUCCGCACAAUAGCACUUGCCGCAGCUACAAUAUCUCUUUCGACGGGGGUGGUAGUAGGAUGGUGGUUUGUGCGUAUGAAACGAAGUUUUAGACAUCAUCUCAUUAUGUUGUUGGUCUUUUCGGAUUUUUUCAAGGCGAGUUGGCAGUUGAUAUACCCAGCGGUAGUGUUCACAAGGGGAGCGGUUGCGAGCGAAUCCAAGUUUUGUCAGGCUGCCGGGUUUUUCAUGUCAAUGGGAAUAGAAGCUUCGGAUUUCGCGGUUUUGGUUAUAGCGGUUCACAGCGCACUCUAUAUUUUUCGGCCAGGGCUCACAGCUAUUGGCGAAGGAGGACUAUUUCGUUACCGCCAUUCGGUAUACGUUGCUUGGCUGGCAUUUUCGAUAUUAAUGCCAUCACUCGCAUACAUUAAUUCUGCUCCGGCGUACAGUGCCCAAGGCACAUUUUGUUAUCUACCCGUACGCCCUGUAUGGUACCGCAUGGCGUUGGCGUGGAUUCCCCGAUACAUCAUCCUCGUGACCAUCCUUAUCCUCUAUGCAUCGAUAUACAUUUAUGUCCGCAUGAAGUUUCGAACGUUUCGGAGUCAUGUUGGAGCUAGCACCUUAGAAAUGGACACGGUUGAUUUGGCAGUCCCAGAAUCACCAAAGGAUGAGAGAGGUCUUCCACAAUUGGACGACCACGGAUUAAUACCAACAUCGCCUGUCUCAGAUAGCCGACAGGUAUCAAACGCAUCAGACCAGCCAUUUGCAAAGCUGAUGAUGAUGCCCCAGACCAUUGCCGAGAAACUCAACUUCCCGCCAGCGUGCUCGUCAGAGCCUCGGCCGUGGGCAUAUGAUGGCGAUGAGGCGCCAUCAAGGAGGGGCUCCUUGCCAGCAUCGAUAGCAAACCCGGAGGGAGGAACCGGCUCAUCCAGUGAGAUCUCACAUGGUAAGAAGGUGAGGGGAGGGACAGCUGACGGAGCAUCAGCAGAAUUGAGGAGGAGACGGAUAGCUAUCAGCAGGCAGUUGCGCUUGCUGUUUAUAUAUCCACUAGUCUACGCGCUCAUGUGGGUCCCAUCCCUCGUUAGUAACCUAUUACAGUACCGGGACCAAUUCGUCCGGAAUCCGAAUUUCCCGUUAGCUUGCAUGGUGGCCUUCACAAUACCUAUCCAGUGUGCCGUGGAUUGUUGGUUAUUUACCAUACGGGAGAAGCCAUGGAGGUACAUUCCCGAGUCGAACGGCAAGUCGUUCUGGUCACGGUACGGGUUCAUAAGGGGGGAAGGGUUUAACAAUAUUGAUGGAGGGGGUGGAGAGGACGGGUGGAGAAAUAGGAAGAAUAUGAGUUUUGCGGCGAGAAAGGCGUACGAGCGAAGGGAGGAGGAGAGGAGGGAGGCGGCGGAAUUGUGGCUGCAACGGCAGGAUGAGAAAGGACGAUUGAGUUCUGGUUCUUCACCCUCGGCACCUGCAGAGCCAAAGAAAACGUACAGGAGUUGGUGGGACGGCUUUUCAGAUGAACUAGAUGAGAUCGUGGAGGAGGCCAAGAACCGGCGGGCCUCGAAGAGUCAUCCGGGUCACGCUGAUGAACUGAGCAAUCUGGAAGCCGGGAUGGGAGAGGAAAGCAGACGGGAUAACCAUGCCACCCCCGCCGCCACAAGAUAA